UUCCGGUUCGGCUAGCCGCUGCUGGCGGCGCGGCUCCGACGGGGCCGGAGCGAUGCCCGCUCGUAGCCGAGCCGGCUCCCGCCUGCGCUCCGACUCCUUGCCCCGGCCUUCGCGUCUGCCUCUGCAGGCGCAGCGCCCCGCCUGCGCGCCGAGAACUCUCGACUCCGACGGCGCCUUAGACACCGGCUCCGAGCUGGGUCCCGGCAGCCCGGCUCCCACCGCGGAGGAAGUGGAGGAGGAAAUGGCAGGCCCUAGUCAACUCUGCAUUCGCCGCUGGACUACCAAGCAUGUGGCUGUGUGGCUGAAGGACGAAGGUUUCUUUGAGUACGUGGACAUUUUAUGCAACAAGCACCGCCUUGAUGGGAUCACAUUGCUCACGCUUACUGAAUAUGACCUCCGCUCUCCUCCUCUGGAAAUCAAAGUCCUAGGAGACAUUAAACGGUUAAUGCUCUCCGUCCGAAAACUGCAGAAAAUACAUAUUGAUGUGUUGGAGGAGAUGGGCUACAACAGUGACAGUCCUAUGAGUCCCAUGACUCCAUUCAUUAGCGCUCUUCAGAGUGCGGACUGGCUCUGUAACGGGGAGCCCACACACAGCUGUGACGGGCCCAUGUCUGACUUGAGUUCUGAUCAGUACCAGUACAUGAAUGGCAAAAGCAAGCACUGUGCUCGGAGACUGGACCCCGAGUACUGGAAGACCAUCCUGAGCUGCGUCUAUGUGUUUAUAGUGUUUGGGUUCACAUCUUUCAUCAUGGUCAUUGUUCAUGAGCGAGUGCCUGACAUGCAGACCUACCCUCCACUCCCAGAUAUAUUCCUAGACAGUGUUCCUAGGAUCCCGUGGGCCUUCUCCAUGACUGAAGUGUGUGGCAUGAUUCUGUGCUACAUUUGGAUCCUGGUUCUUCUUCUUCACAAGCACAGGUCGAUCCUUCUGCGAAGGCUCUGUAGUCUGAUGGGCACUGUGUUCUUGCUUCGCUGCUUUACCAUGUUUGUGACCUCCCUCUCAGUGCCAGGACAGCACCUGCAGUGCACCGGAAAGAUAUAUGGAAGUGUGUGGGAGAAACUACGUCGGGCAUUUGCCAUUUGGAGCGGCUUUGGUAUGACUCUGACUGGCGUCCACACUUGUGGAGAUUACAUGUUCAGUGGCCACACAGUUGUUCUAACCAUGCUGAAUUUCUUUGUCACAGAGUAUACACCAAGAAGCUGGAAUUUCUUGCACACUCUAUCCUGGGUUCUCAACCUCUUUGGAAUCUUCUUCAUCUUGGCUGCCCAUGAACAUUAUUCCAUUGAUGUGUUUAUUGCCUUUUAUAUCACAACAAGACUCUUUUUGUACUACCAUACUCUGGCUAACACCAGAGCAUAUCAUCAGAGUAGGAGAGCUAGAAUUUGGUUUCCUAUGUUUUCUUUCUUUGAAUGCAAUGUUAAUGGCACAGUACCUAAUGAAUAUUGUUGGCCAUUUUCUAAACCAGCAAUAAUGAAAAGACUAAUUGGAUGAAGAUUCUCUCUGUGUAAUGAGUUUGUUGUUAAAUAUACAGUAGUUAAUGGAAUGAAAAUGAAUACCGUUGCUUUGUCCAAGGCUCCUGGAUAUGUUGCAUUUGCCUUCUGUGUUGACAGGUUUCCCGUUGUGAGAAAGGCCAUGACUAUAAAACUCAAAAAAGAGCACACAAGACUCCUUAUCUAGCUGUUUGAAUGGAGAGGUCGAGGAGAGAGUUUCCGCCCCUAACUGUAGGAAGGCCCAGUGUGUGGGUGAUGUCAGGCCGUUACCUGUGCAUGUUGAGUGUUUGCUCACUGAUCAAGCACAUCAGCUUGGGCUGGUUGAAGAAUUUUUACUGAUUUCCAGUAGGACUCAAGUCAAGAAAUAUUUUUUGAAGCCGGCUUUCCUUACCUAGUGAGCCAUUCUCACGUGUUCAUGAACUAAAUCUGUGUCUGUCUGCAAAAUGAGUGUCUUACUGGUAAAUAUGUUUUACCUUUUGAGCCAUUUUAAAGAAAAACACAUUGAACACAGCAGCUUUUGUGAAACAAAAGAAUGCAAGGGGCAGCGUGUGAGGUGACACGCCGGUUGGGUGCCACUGGCCUUCCCGCUAGUGCAGGUCCGGGGUUAGUUGCUGUUCCUGAUCUGUUUGAAAACUUCCACAGUGUGAACAACAGAAAGGAUUCCUGAGGGAAACGGCUGUGUUCCUAAUAGUAAAGAGGUGUCAUUGUAGUGUUGUAAGUAUCCUGACUAAAUACUUGUAACUGUUAGUUAGGCAGAUGACAGCCCAAUAGAAUGAAUGCUUUUUUAAUAAUGUGACUUAAGUGAGACAAAUGAGUGUCUUACCUGAUGUUAAAGUUCUUAAGUCAGUGAGUGAAUGUGCAUGCAAAGAAAAAAAACAAAGAGAACAAAACAAAAAAUAACAAGUUGUAGGCAUAGUGUUAACUCUCUGGGGAUUUCCUCUUUUUGUUUUUUUUUUGUUUUUUUUUUCCUGAAAGUUCUCAUUCCUGACCAUUGAAAGUAAACACAGUCUGAGACAUACUUGGACAGAAAGAAGCUUCUUACUUUUUAUUUAAAAAAAAUAAUUAUAUACAUACAUUCUUUCUAUAGUCUUAAUUUGGCAGUUAAAACUAAAUAUUUUAGCUGCUGUUUACAUUAGAAAAUUACCUUCAGUAAUUACUGUCACCUCUCUGAUACCAUUUGUCACUUUAUUUUCUAUUGGUUGUACAUAACAGUUUUAACCUUAGCCUGGUUGUAGAAUUGGAAUACUAAUUGUAUAGUUUUUACGUUCCAUUUUAAAACAAGGACUCUCAAGAGCUGCAGGCACACUGCAGUCACAAGUAGACCACAGACGGUGUUUAUUCCUUCUCCGUCUGGGCAAAAUGGCCAUUUUUGCAGUUGGAGUCAUAGUCCCACCCUCUCGGAAGCCACCUGAGUGAAUUAGGCAGGAAGGGGAUAUUAGACAAACCGGUCUCAGCCUGUGCUGAACGACCCUGCAUGGAGUAAUGCUGGGGACACCACUCAUUUCUCACCUGAGAUGGGAUGUAAAAGCAACUCAAAUUCAAUUAUGUUUUUAAAUCUUGUACUUCAAAAUACUUGCAGUAUUUUAAAUUAUUGAUUCUGUUACAAGCCAGGAUCAAAAACGCCAAUAUCUCAUCUAAAGAAACUGCGUAAUCAUGGAGAGAAGGUUUGCCAUGCUUGUUUGAGUAGUUUGACUUAGGGUCAAGGGAUUAUUACUGCCACCCGGUCUUAUUACCUCCCCACUCCCUACAUAGCAGGAUCCAAUUUACCUGAGGUGCGGGGGAGACAGUGUUGGCUUUUGGGAAAAUGUUCCAAAAACAUGUGUCUACGUUAGUUUUUAAAUGCUAACCAUAUUAAUGGUAAAUAUCUUAACAUCAGGAUUCUCUCCUCCAUAUGGAUCCUAUUGUAGAACAGAACAGGACAACAGGUGCAGCUAGCUUUGCUCUUGCAGAGCUAUUGGCGGUCAGCGUGCCUGACAGCAGCCUGCAGUACAGAUGAGGGGCCUUGGUUCGCUCCUGUUUGUUUUGAGGAGAAAGGUAAGCUAGAUGUAUAACCUAGUAGCUAUGACAAGACAGUGUUUACAGAGCUAAUCCUCUUCAACUCUCAGAACUGAGACAUUAUUUUUCAGUUUUUGUUUUCACACCUCUUUUCUUAUUAAAACCUAACCAUAAUGAAGAUAGGGUUUAUGUUUACAUUUUGGGUAUAAUGUAGCUGUGUGCAGAGGCUCCAUGCUUUCGAACCCUGUAUUUGAUUGUACAGUCGCGUGAGGCUUUUAUCUUUGGCAGCUUAGUAUACAAGCAAGAAAAGGUUUUGAGUUCUUGGGGAUGCAAAGGAUGGAUUACCUACAUUCUAAGAACAGUGUCCCUGCCUCCCUGUGUGCUAAACCUGGGCCUGUGUGUGUGCCAGGCAGGUGCUCUGUUUUUACAGGGCCAGACAGUCUUGUGGAAAGGUAGACAAACUUGCUGGCAGGAAGGGAAUGAGCUUGCAUGGAAUGUAAACUUACUCUCACCACAUACUUUUGGCAGAAACCUUUGUGUUGCAGUUUCCAACAAGGCUGUCCUCCCGUUCUCACUGGCCAGAAUUGCUGUGGCAAAAGUACCUGUUGUAUAAAGCCUCAUCUUAGAACCAGACAGUUUAAUAAAUAUGGCCUAUAACCAAGAAAAAAUGCUUCCAGUGGCAUGACGCUGGCGCUGUAAGUGGCGAUCAGUCCCUUCUACCUGCCUGUCAUGACUGAGAAUUCCAGUAGUUUAUAAGUAGGGAGCAGAGGCUGAAUCCUUCUGUAGCAGAGAGGAAGUAGCUUUUAGGGACAUUGUGUCUUGGGGGUGGGUUUGUUUUGUUUUGUUUUGUUUUGUUUUGUUUUGUUUUGUUUUGUUGGAGACAGGGUUUCUCAAACUCAGGGAUCCACCUGUCUUUGCCUCCCAUGCUGGGAUUAAAGGUGUACACCACCACACCCACCUUUUUGUAAAACUAAAUUCAUAUAAAUCCAGAUUCAUGGCAAAAAUGUAUCUUCUUUAUAUUCAGCAAAAAGCAAUUUUAUCAUUGAAAGAUUCUAGAUCCAAAAUGCUUAGCAAUGUUUACAAUAUUUUUGACUUAAACUCUCUGAUUUAGUACACUUAAUUAUUUGAUAGUCUUUUGUGGCUAGAAAUCCCAUAGCAAAAGCCCUCUCAGGUUGACAGAUGUGGGAGACAAGAAAGAUCUUUAAAAAUAGUUCACUUGCUUUUCUUCAUACUGUGUGAAAGUCACCAAUGUAUGUCAGGGGGCUUGUUUGUUUGAUUUUUGGUGUUCUUUUGGUUUGGUUUGGUUUGGUUUUCUUGUUUUUUGUUUUUGUCAUUGUUGUUUUUGGUUGUUGUUGUGGUUGGUUGUGGAGUUUUUUUGUUUGUUUUUUGUUUGUUUGUUUUGUCUUUUUGAGACAGGAUUUGUCUGUAUAGUGCUGGCUGUCCUAGAACUCCCAACAUGUCGGUUUUAAUGGCAACUUUAAGUGGCAGUUUGUGUUUAUUAGAAAGUGAGCUUAGCCCCAGUCACCCUGCACCUCUGUAGCCGAGGAUUAAAGAACCAUCCGAGAUGACUCAGGUGACCGGAUGGGAAGAGAGAGGGUUUGUUUGUUUCUUCUCCUUAAGAAUAGCUUUAAAUGUAUAAAAUUAUUGUAAAAGUAGGUGUUGGUUUUACGCCUGUAAAUUCACUGGCACUAAUCUCACAUAACUAAUAUGAUGAAUUACUGUACGAAGUUCAGUAUAAAUGUCUGGGCUCUAAGCUAUUUCUCCAGCCACACUGAGUUGUUUUUGAGGGUACAUUCUACUCUGUUAAUAAAAGGACCUAUUCUGUGGUCCUGGCAGAAAGAAGCUUUGUGCUUUGUUGGAAGGAAUGUUCUGUUGUUGGUUUUUUUCCAUUGUUACUUCACAUCUCUUUUAAUCUGAACUACUGGAUUGUCUGAAGAACUAAACCGAGCCUGUUGUUAUUAACAUCUUUAAAAUGUUUAAUUUUAAUAAUUUUUCAUUGAAUCCAUGGAUUGUUAGGAUAAUGAAAUAUUUCUGAUAUGGAACAAAGGAAAUGAAACUGGUACUCAAUGGGGAAGCUGGUUGCUUGGACCUAACCAGGCAUGCUCAGUUUGGAGAGUUCUACCUACAGGUCUCCCUGCCCACAGAGAAACUAGUGUUACUUGAAGAUAUGAACGUUCCUGUGGUAGCCAUACCUGAAGCACAGUAUUGUACAUAAUAAGUAAAUACCUGAUUCUAAAUUAAAUUCAGAGUUAACUAAUAUAUAUUAUUUUAUAACUUUGUUGUAUUAAAACGUUUUAAACACUAAAAAAUAAAACAUUUGAAAGUUGAAA